AUGGAAGAAAAUCAAAAUUUAGAGGAAAAUACCUAUUCAUAAGAAGAAGUAGAUCGUAUAACAUAAGAAUCCAUUGAAAGUGUCUUAAAAGAAGUUCAAUAUGAUGAAUCUAAAGUAUAUAAUCUAUAUUAUUACUCUAGGUUUAAGGAUGGAUCAAUGCAAUUUGUGAAAAAGUUACACAAUAAUUAAUUGAAUUGGGAAAACCAUACAAGUAAGAAAAUGUAUAGGAAUUGUAGAUAUAUUGUUCAUUGUAUGAUUAUGUAAAGAAACGGAGCUGGAGCAUUUGUUACAACAUCUUAAUGGUGGGAUACUGUUGCUGAUGGAUAAAUUAUCAUAUCUUGGCCAAAAGAUAAAUAAGCAAAAUAAGAACAAUAAAAAAAUACUCUUCAUUGUAUUUGUAGUGUAUUUGCAGUAAGCAUGAUUUGA